AUGUCUAGCCCUCACAACACUCUCGGUAACGACGAGUGGCUGCUCACGGGCAACAGCCUGUUCAGUGAGAAUGGGGUCUACGAGUUUAGAAUGCAGAAGGACGGCAAAAUUGUCGUGUACGAGAACGGCGAGCCAAAGUGGCAGAACACCAAAGAGCAGCGCUCCGACGUGAAGGGUGUCAAAAUGCAGGCAGAUGGAAACCUGGUCAUCUACACCCAGAAUGGCGAAGCCAUCUGGCACUCCAAUACCGCUCCCAAGAAAGAUGUCAUCCUUGUAAUUCAGAAUGACGGCAACCUCGUUAUGUACGAGGGCAGCCCAGUCUGGGCCAGUUCGACCACCCCCUCCGCAUAA